AUGAGACUUUCUUCUGGUGGACUAUAUAUAGGUCUUCGGACAAGUCUAUUAGGUACGACUGGGAUGCGGGCUUCCGGCUCACGACUGCUCGCUCUUGCGGGAAGAAGAAGCAGAUCGACGAGUGCGCACGGUCGUGUGGCAGGGUAUCUUACGGGAUACCCAACAACCGUAGUGAACAGGCUGCACUAUCACUCGUAUGCGAGGGCACAUCCCUUCCAGUUCAGACUGUUCCAGGGCCUGAAUUAUACCUCCAAGAGAUUCAUCAACAUAUUCCCUAACAUAAUUGCAAGGGCGAUAAAGUUCCCCGCAUAUGUGGGCGGUGGUAUGGCAGCAGCUGGGAGCUAUCUCGCCUAUAAGAUGGAAAAGGCGAAUAGCUACGCCCAGGAUAAAUGGGGCAACUUCAGGGACAAGCUAUCGGGCCUCUUUCCAAAUGAAAACGAGUAUGGCCAAAAUAAUAACAAUAACAACGGCGAUGGAGAUUCAGCAGGCGCAGCAGCACUUCUCAUCUCUUCAAAUGAUGAUAAAAGGGAGAGUGAUGAUGACGAAGAAGAGGACGACAACUUGGACGAAGAUAAUACACAGGACGAAAUGCUAAACCUGACCAAGCAAAUGAUAGAGAUCAGGUCGAUCUUGAACAAGAUAGAUUCUGCAUCGGCACAUCUGACGCUUCCUUCAAUUGUUGUCAUAGGUUCCCAGUCUUCGGGGAAGUCCUCUGUUUUGGAAUCGAUCGUUGGCAAAGAAUUUCUGCCUAAGGGAUCGAAUAUGGUAACGAGAAGACCGAUUGAAUUAACUUUGGUCAACACUCCUAACUCUGCGGAUGUCACAGCUGAUUUCCCAGCUCUGAGAAUGUACAACUUGAAAAACUUCAAAGAAGUCAAAAGAUUGUUGAUGGAGCUGAAUAUGGCGGUUCCAUCAACAGAAGCUGUAUCUGAAGAUCCUAUUCAACUAACAAUCAAGUCUUCCCGAGUCCCUGAUUUGUCUUUGGUAGAUCUCCCAGGUUACAUUCAAGUAGAAGCUGCUGAUCAGCCUUUUGAAUUGAAGAGCAAGAUCAAAAAUUUAUGUGACAAAUACUUGAACGAACCAAAUAUUAUAUUGGCAAUAUCAGCUGCAGAUGUAGAUUUGGCAAAUAGUUCAGCUCUAAGGGCAGCUAAGAAUGCUGAUCCUCAGGGCUUGAGAACAAUAGGUGUCAUUACAAAAUUAGAUUUGGUAUCGCCCGAAGUUGCUCGUGGUAUACUAACUAAUAGAAAAUAUCCUUUAAAAAUGGGCUAUGUGGGUGUAAUAACUAGAGCCCCAAGGACAAGCAAAGUUCACGUUGGUCUUUUUGGUAGGGAUGUUAACUUGGAAGGUACAACUUCUGCAAAACAUUCUUCAUCAGAUCUGGAACCUGAGCAAAUUAAGACAAGGCAGUUUGAAAAAGACUUCUUUAAGGAAAAUAAGCAGGUUUUCACAAAUUGUGAGGUUUCAACUAAAAGGCUUAGAGAAAAACUUAUUAAAAUUUUAGAAAUAUCAAUGUCAAAUGCUUUAGAACCAACCUCUAUGUUGAUUCAACAAGAAUUGGAUGACACUUCAUACCUUUUCAAGGUUGAAUUUAACGAUCGUCAAUUGACCCCGAAAUCAUAUUUGCUGAAUAACAUAGACGUACUCAAAUUAGGCAUCAAAGAAUUUCAGGAAAAAUUCAAUAGAAAUGAAUUAAAAUCUAUUUUGAAGGCAGAUUUAGAUCAAAAAGUUUUAGAUUUUCUAGCUACAAGAUAUUGGAAAGAUGAAAAUUUACAAGAAUUGUCAUCAAAGAUGAGUAGCGAUGAGGAGAUUUUAUAUUGGCAUAAAAAAUUAGAACUGGCAUCUUCAAGUUUAACGAAAAUUGGUGUUGGUAGAUUAUCAACUAUGUUGGUUACAAAUGCUAUUCUAAAAGAGCUCGAGAAUAUUUUACAAGAGACACAGUUGAGGAAUCAUGAUCUAAUAAAGGAGCUAGUCACGAAUACAGCAGUAAAUGUUCUUAAUACCAAAUACUAUGCCACAGCGGAUCAGGUAGAAAAUUGUAUCAAGCCAUUUAAAUAUGAGAUAGAUUUAGAUUCAAGAGAUUGGAAUAUUGCUCGGGAGCAUGCAAUCAUGCUCAUGAAGGAAGAAACACGACAGUGUAAUGAAAGAUAUCAAGCGAUAAAGAACGCCAUUGGUGGCAGAAAGCUACAGCAGGUAAUGGGAUACUUGCAGCAAGAUCCAACGAAAAAGGAAACUCUUGGAAUGUCUAAACUAUUGCUUGAAAGAGGCUCAGAAGCAGUAUUCCUCAAUAAAAGACUACAAGUCUUAUCUUUCAGAAUGAAAUUGCUGAAGAAUAAAUGCCAUUCCGUCAACGAAAAGGAUCACUGUCCUGAAAUAUUUCUGAAUGCGGUAAGUGAUAAACUAACAUCUACAGCAGUAUUAUUCCUAAAUGUUGAACUGCUGAGUGAUUUCUUCUACAACUUUCCAAUCGAACUGGAUAGAAAAUUGAACAUUUUAAGUGAUGAACAAGUUGAAAUGUUCGCGAAGGAAGACCCAAAGAUCGCAAGACACAUCGAACUUCAAAAACGCAAAGACCUCUUAGAUCUAGCACUGGAGAAAAUAGAUGCAAUACUUGUCUUCAAGAAAAGCUACAAAAAUUUAGCCAAGAAAAAGUAG